AUGGCUCCAAAGAUCUCCUCUAGAAUGGAAAGAAUACGUUUUCAUGGAACUGUAAUCCAAGAAAUACCCUUCAUUGAGUCUCCAUCAAGACUACUCGUAUUGGAUCUUAAAAAUUGUUAUAGGCUUGUGAGUCUUCCGAGCACCAUAUUUAAGUUGAUGUCUCUUACAGUUCUUUAUCUAUCAGGUUGUUCAAAACUUACUAAAUUGCCUGACAGCUUGGGAAGUUUAGAAGGUUUGAUGGAAAUCAAAGCUAAUGAUAUUGCCAUUAAAGAAGUACCAUCAUCAGUAGUAAAGUUGAUAAAACUUCAUAGUUUAUCCUUACGGCGAUGUAAGGGUCAAGAGCCGGUGGGUUUGAGAUUACCAGCAAUUUUAUCUGGCUUGGGCUCUCUGUCGAUUUUCGAUGUAUCUGAUUGUGAAAUCAUCAAGUUGCCAAACAAUUUAGGCAUAUUAUCCAGUCUAUAUCCAUUAAAUCUAAGUGGAAACAAUUUUGAGAGCAUCCCAACAACUACAAGUAUCAAGAAACUUUCGAAAUUGGAAUUUUUGGAUGUAAGCUUUCGCGAGAAGCUUAAAUCUCUACCAGAGCUACUACAGGUUCCACAUGUCAGAGCGCAGAAUUCCAAAUCAUUGAAGGCAUUAUCAGAUUUAUCAUUUAUAUCGUCAGUUCCUUUAUACCUUGAAAGUACAUAA